CUCACGCCGAGACCUUCCCGCUGCGGUGGAUGGUUUCCUCUUCGAUGGCCAGCAAGCGCAGCACCACCGUCGCGGCGACGUCGUCGUAUCAGACGUUGCCGGCAGCGGACGACCACAGUCGGUUGGCAACCGUGCACCCGCACGACGAAGCUGGCCUCCUGUCCAAGCUUUUCCUCCACUGGGCGACCCCGCUCUUGAAACUGGGCAACCAACGACAGCUCAACCCGGCGGAUCUUUGGCCGCUGCAGCGGGAGAACCAAUGCCACAUCGUUAGUGCGUCGUUCGAGCCAACCUUUCGCCGCACCCGAUCCCUCGUCCGCACCAUCUUCUACACGUACGGUUGGCGAUUCGCCGUGAUCGGUGGGCUUCAAAUCCUGUCGGUGGGAUGUACCUUGUACGGCCCCGUCGUCCUCAAGAAGAUUCUGACCGCGCUAGAAGACUCGUCGGUGGGGUUCGACCAGCACGCCGUCCUGGUGUACAUUGCCACAUUGUUUGGCGCGAACGUUGCGCAGGCAUUUCUGUCGGCGCACUCGACGUUCCAGAACCAGCUUGUGACGGUCAAACUGACGUCAGCGCUGCAGCACCUGCUCUUCCGCAAAUCGCUUGCGUUGGAUGCCAAGUGCCGUCGGGAAAAGACCACGGGGGAGAUCGCCAACAUGUUUUCGGCCGACAUCCAAUGGAUCCUGAACUUUUCAAUAUUUGCCACGCAGUUGUGGCUCAUCCCGAUCCAAGUCGCGGUUACGCUCGUCAUGCUGUACGACGUGGUCGGGUGGGCGACGUUUGUUGGCGCUGGCGUCAUCGUGUUCGUCCUCGUCGUCAACAACUAUGUUGUGGUUGCGCAGCGCCGCUGCUUUGUCCGUCUACGCCAGUGUCAGGACGCCCGCAUGAAGUCGGUGAACGAAGUGUUUGGUGCCAUGCAAAUCAUCAAGCUGAACGCGUGGGAAGACAAAUUUCAGGACAAGAUCGCAGCCGAGCGCAACGUUGAGCUCGAGACCCUCUGGCGCAUUUUCUCGCUGUCGAGCUGCGUCACUGCCCUCUUACGUUGA